AUGGUUCAAUUAGAUUUUCAGAGCUUUAUUCUCCGAGCUCGAGUGCUUAAACUUUACCGACAAGCAUUGAAGAUAGCUCAAAGAGCUCCUGUUCAUGUUAGAGGGGAAUUGAAACAGACAAUUAGGGAAGAGAUGGAGAAGAACAGAGACUGCAAUGACAAACAAAAGAUUCGGUUUUUGAUUAGUGAAGGUUUAGAGAGAGUUAAAGGACUUGAUGAGAUGUUGGAUAUGCAAGGCCAUUAA